AUGUAUGGAAAUAAAUUUAAAGACCAAGAAGCUGGAUUCAUUGCAGAUAAACUAAAAACAAAUGAAAAAAUAGAACCACAAAUCCGAAAUAUUAAUGAGAUUCCGUACACGAACCCUCAACUUACACAGCUGAUUAAGAGCAAUAUUAACAGCACAGGUGUCAAUUUCGCCGGUAAAAAUCUAAAUGAUCAAGAUAUGAAAAUCGUGGCAAACGAAUUACUACAAGUGAAUAAGACAUUAACACGAUUGGACUUGUAUACAAAUCAGAUCGGAGACAGUGGGGCACAAUAUUUGGGUGAAGCUCUGAAAACUAAUAAAAGCGUGACUUUAUUACAACUUCAAACUAAUCAAAUUGGAGAUAGUGGGGCACAGUAUUUGGCUGAUGCGUUGAAAGUUAAUAAGGUAAGCUAA